CUCCACGGCGGCAGGCCGGGCGGCAGUGCGCGGGCUGCCGGGAAGGCGCGGCCCCGCCCCCUUCUCCGGCUUCGCGAGCGCUUGACAGGAGCGCGGUCACGUGGCGGCCGCAAAGCGCCUCUUUGCGACCUCAAUGACAGGCAAAGUGUGCGACAGGCCCUGUGGAGGCAGGGAGGGAGCGGCGCUGCCUCCUCCUCCUCCCCGGGCCAGCCGCUGAGGCAGUGCUGCCCGCUCCCGGCCUCGGCCCGCUCCCGGCUCUCUGCCCGCCUCUCUCCUCCCUUCUCCCCUCCUCCGCCUGCUGCCGCCGCGGAGCUGCCAGGUGGGACAGCCCGAGGGCACCGCGGGAGCCCGAGAGGAGCCCGGCGCCUCGAUGAGCUCGUAGCUCUCGCACUGCCCCGUCCUCGCCGGCAGCAGUUCCAGGUGCGCGGGUUAGAGUAGAGUCGGGGACGCAGCUGGCUGCAAUGGCGUCCAACAUGGACCGAGAAAUGAUAUUGGCUGAUUUCCAGAAAUGGGAAACAUGCUCUCUUCUGUCAAGGCCUGCACUGGUAUUGAAAAUAUUGAUGAAGCUAUAACAUUGCUUGAACAAAAUAACUGGGAUUUAGUGGCAGCUAUAAAUGGUGUAAUACCACAAGAAAAUGGCAUCCUACAAAGUGAGUAUGGUGGAGAGACUUUACAUGGACCAGCGUAUGGCCCCACAAGUCAUUCUACAGCAGCUUCUUCAACUCCUUCCUCAUCCUCAGCAUUUCGCCAUGUAGUGCCAUCUAGACAAAUAGUGGAAAGACAACCUCGAAUGCUGGACUUCAGGGUUGAGUACAGAGACAGAAAUGUGGAUGUAGUACUUGAAGACAGCUCUACAGUAGGAGAUAUCAAACAUAUUCUAGAAAAUGAACUUCAGAUUCCUGCAUCCAAAAUGCUGUUAAAAGGGUGGAAGACUGGAGAUGUAGAUGAUAGUACUGUUCUAAAAUCUCUACACUUGCCAAAAAAUAAUAGUCUUUAUGUUCUAACACCUGACCUGCCUCCUCCUUCUUCCAGUCAUUCUGGGGCCCUGCAGGAGUCAUUAAAUCAAAACUUCAUGCUGAUUGUCACCCAUCGAGAAGUCCAGCGGGAGUACAACCUCAACUUCUCAGGAAGCAGUACCAUUCAGGAGGUAAAGAGGAAUGUAUAUGACCUAACUAGUAUCCCUGUCCGUCACCAGUUAUGGGAAGGCUGGCCUCCUUCAGCCACGGAUGACUCAAUGACUCUAGCUGCAUCAGGACUGACCUUUCCUUGCCAUCGGCUUACAGUUGGAAGAAGAUCUUCACCUGUACAAACGAGGGAACAAUCCGAGGAGCAAUGCACUGAUGUUCAUAUGGUUAGUGACAGUGAUGGAGAUGACUUUGAAGAUGCUACAGAGUUUGGAGUUGAUGAUGGAGAAAUGUUUGGAGUAGCAUCAUCUGCCUUGAGGAAAUCACCAAUGAUGCCAGAAAAUGCUGAAAAUGAAGGAGAUGCCUUAUUACAAUUUACAGCAGAGUUUUCUUCAAGAUAUGGUGACUGCCACCCUGUUUAUUUUAUCGGAUCACUAGAGGCUGCUUUUCAAGAAGCCUUCUAUGGGAAAGCUAGAGAUAGAAAGCUUCUUGCUAUCUACCUCCACCAUGAUGAAAGUGUGCUAACUAAUGUCUUCUGCUCACAAAUGCUUUGUGCUGAAUCCAUUGUCUCCUAUCUGAGUCAGAACUUCAUAACCUGGGCAUGGGACAUGACAAAAGAAGCGAACAGAGCAAGGUUUCUGACAAUGUGCACUAGGCACUUUGGGAGUGUUGUAGCCCAAACAAUUCGAAGUCAGAAGACAGACCAGUUUCCACUUUUCCUUAUUAUCAUGGGAAAACGAUCAUCUAAUGAAGUAUUGAAUGUAAUACAAGGUAACACAACGGUGGAUGAGCUAAUGAUGAGGCUGAUGGCUGCAAUGGAGAUCUUCAGUGCCCAGCAGCAGGAAGAUAUAAAGGAUGAGGAUGAACGUGAAGCCAGAGAAAAUGUGAAAAGAGAGCAGGAUGAAGCAUACCGCAUAUCCCUGGAGGCAGACAGAGCAAAGAGGGAAGCACAAGAGAGAGAAAUGGCAGAGCAGUUUCGCCUGGAGCAGAUUCGGAAGGAGCAGGAGGAAGAACGUGAGGCUAUCAGGCUCUCUCUUGAGCAGUCUUUGCCUCCCGAGCCAAAGGAGGAGAGCACCGAGUCCGUCAGCAAACUGCGUAUUCGGACACCCAGCGGAGAAUUCUUUGAGCGACGUUUCCUGGCCAGCAGCAAGCUGCAGGUUGUCUUUGAUUUUGUAGCCUCCAAGGGGUAUCCUUGGGAGGAGUACAAGCUGCUGGGCACCUUUCCGAGGAGAGAUGUGACACAGCUGGAUCCAAAUAAAUCAUUACUGGAGGUAAAACUGUAUCCUCAAGAAACCCUUUUCCUAGAAGCAAAAGAAUAGAUCAAACAAGAUUGUAGGACUAAUCAUCCUUUGAUGAACCAGAGGCACAGCAUCGAAAGGAAGACUUCCAUCAACACCACCUUCUACUAUCAGCCCACUCAAUUCAGUGUCACAACUUGGCCUCUUGCAAGAAUCCUGAAAAUUUGACAACCCAUAGCUACUUAGUUUCACACACACAAGUAUGAUUUCAACCUCAUUUAAAUGAGCAGAGGAUAAAAUUCUGCAAUGAACACUGAACAUUAUGACUCUAUUGCUCACUUAUCAUCCAGCUUUUGUUAUCAUUAAUGCACUGUUAAAAUGUGAGUGAUUGUUAAGUAGAAUUUUUACUCUUCAAAUGCCCCUUUUUCACCAAGAAGUCUUGGACAUUUCUGCCUGUACUUUUGACACUAGAAUGCUGUAUAUUUGAUAUCUCGCUGAGCCAGUGCUCUCGUAUAUAUAUGCAUUUGAUUUCUGUGUUUGAAUUUCUACUUUGUCAACUAAUUUAAAAAGGCAGAAAAAAACAAUUAACAGGACAUUCUCAGCCAUGGAAAUUUAACAGUAUUAUAGUAAAAAGCAUAUAAUUUUUGUUAGUACUUUCUGACUUCUUUGAUAAGAUGUAAGGUUUUGUUUGAAGAAUAUAGUUUGACAUAUAUGCGAGAUAUUUAUUUACUGGUUCUGCUUUGGGUCUCAGUUCUGAUUCAGUCUAGGAAGUAUUUUCCAUUACAUUGCAGUGUGUGAAACUGCUUAUUGCAUGAUGUGAAUAUUUAAAUGACAUUAGGAAUGGCCAGUAUCAGAAACCUGGUAUCUUGCCAACACUUCAGGAGUCAGCUGAUAUUGAGUAUCAGCUGUUAAAAACCCUUCAAAUACCAGAUACAAAAGUUCUUUAUUUCUCAUUGUGAAAGAAAGGGCAGUUCCCAUUUUAGCAGUUUUCCUUCAUUCUGCCACUCGUUGUAUCCUGUUACUCUGCUGUUUUAAAGCACCUUGUUUGUGUCAUCGAACAAUGAAUUUCUUAAGAGGUGGUGUAAUAUGAAAUCUGCCUUAUUAUUGCACACUUUGGACAUUUUAACAAUAGGUUACUGAUCCCCUCUCAAAUUCAAGAACUCCUGGUUCUUUUGUCUGAAAUGUAUGCACCAGCUACCUGCUAUCUGAUGUGGAAAAAAAACUGGGUACUUUAAAUUUCUCAAGCAAAGAAUGAGCAUACUGAGUCUAAAACCAUAAUCUGCACUCGGUGCCAAACCUGCACCAGAACUGGUUUGGUUCAUUUUUUUUUUCUCCUUUUUUUUUUUUUUUUUUUUUUUUUUUAAUAUCCUGAGCUUACAGGGUAGUGAGUGCACAACAGCACUAGAGAAUUGUCAUCUGCUAAUUGAACUUGUUUGGUUGGGUUUUUUUUAACACCUGGCACGUUGUUUUCUGUGUGUGUGUAACUCAUAGUGUUUAUCGUAGCAAAGUAUGUUCUGAUUUGGAAGUUUUAUUCUGAGCAAAAAGCAAUUGCACACAGUCUUUUCACCCUUCUUUUUUUUUUCCCUUUGGAAGGAUGAUGAUAUUAAUGUACACCUAUUAUUAGGGUAUUAGUGAAGCUGAUUUAUUGUUACCUUUACCAAAAAUGCAAAAUUAUGAGGGGGGAAAGCCUUAUUCUACUUUUGUAAUUCUGUAAUUAACAAGUGCUACAUCAGACACUUUUAGAAGUGAAGUAUCCAUGACAAACAAACAAACAAAAAGUUUGGAAGUGUAAGCAAAUUCUAAUCAUUUGCUGUUCACAAAUAAAAGAGUUCAUAGCCAACAGAGAGCUAAAUAUAUGUGUAAUGGAAAGCUGAAUGCAGACACUUCAUCCUGAACUUCUGUUUUCUUACCAAAAUAAAAAGAAGUCCACAAUGUUUAUUAAAUAGGAAAUUAACAUAGGUUGCAAAUUGGGGUGACACUGUUUCUACAAACAAUCACAGUAACACAUACAGCAGUGAUGUGUAUCUUUUUUUUUCAGAUUAGCUCUUCCUUCUAAGCUGACUGUUGAGGAAAGGAAUUGCUGAAAUACUGCUACACAAAGCAAAGCGACCUUUCAGCUAACUUGUUUAUAUUAAUCUGUUCUGUUUAACUUUUGUUUGAUCUCAUCAGGCUGUUUUCUCUCACUUGACUUUAUUUCUGUAUUUUGACUAUAUAUUCUUUACUUUGAUACUAGUUUCAUAAAGUUAUUAAAUGUGGCUUGAAUAUUUGUUGAGCUUGUGGAAGUCAGUGCUCCCAGGGUUUGUUUGGGCUUUUUUUUCCCCCCCUAAACCCCUUUAUUUUUUUUUCCCCUGCUUUUGUUCAUAGUACAAAACACAAUGUCAUUAACAAAAUGUUCUAGUGAUAAUUAACUGGAAGUGUUCAGAUUGGUGGCAUUGCUGCCCUCUAAUAUAGAGGUACCGAGAUCAGUAUAUGGGGAUUGUUCUGCCACAACAUAAACAUGUGUAUUACUCUUUAAAUAAAACAAUUACCUUUUUGGUCCUUAAAUACUUUGGGCCUGAUUUCAAUAAGCAACCAUCUAGAGUCAUCUUUACAAAUUACACCUUCAGCGCAAACCAGUCCCCAUUAAUAUUCUGUGCCAGCAUUCCUGCUCUCCUAAACCAUGGUAUUCACUUGGUGUGCUCUGCUGGCAUGCUUAAUCCUCUAGUCAGUCAACAGAAUAAUUUUGUAAUUCAGUAUUAUCCUAAAACUGUAACACUUACUCCAGAGCAGAGCCCUGAUUCUAUCUUUUUUAAGGUUCUUCACAUUAAUGGAUUGUCAUUAAGGUGAUUAAUGCAUUAGUUUUAAGUCUUAAGGAAUUACUUCUAAUGAAUGGAAUCCUGUAUGAUGCCAGCUUUCAUUCCUGGCCUUCAGAAUGUUGUGGUGAAGGUGGGGCACACUCUGGCUUUUGAAGAAGCUUCCUGCCUACUGACGUUGGUGUUUGAGAUCAUCAUUAGAGAACACGCAGAACGUUUAAGUCUUUGCACUGUAUUCUCUGCAUAUGCACCCUUGAAUCUAGUGAGAGUGACAAGGGCGUUUCUAAUGGAGCUAUGUGUGUGUGGGGGGGUGUUUAUUCUUUUUAAUGUAGCAGAAAAAAGACUUUGGCUUUCAUAAACUGUACCUACUCAGUGACAUUAGACACUUCAAAUAAAUUUUCAAUUACAGUAAUA